AUGGUCUCCGACUGUGUGCGCUGCAGGGAGCACUUCAAGAGCUCGGAGGCCCUCGCGGAGCACUUGCGCACUUCGAAGGAUCACAAUAUCUGCACUACUUGUGUCAUGGACUUCACCGCGCGAUUGCAGCUGGUCCAACACUACCUGUUCAGUCCGUUGCACAACUACUGUCAGCGGUGCGAUGCCCAUCAUGGCUCUCCUGCGGAGCUGGUGCGACAUUUCGAGAGUGCACACAUCCAGUGUCUGAUGUGCGGACUCAGCUUUGCGACACCGAAUGAUCUCACCGAGCAUUAUCAUCACACGCAUUGGACCUCGCCCGACGCGUUCGACGAGCACUGCCGCGAGACCCACUACUACUGCGCAGAUUGCAAGCGCGUUUUCAAGGACGGCGAAGCCCUGAAGGUGCACCUGGAAUCAAGCAUUCACACGGGCCGCAAGGUUCACUGCCCGGGUGUGAAGUGCACGAAGGAGUUCGCUUCGGGCUCUGCACUUAUCCAGCAUCUCGAGUCGGGCGGAUGCAAGUCCAAGAUGACGCGGCACGAGGUUAACCGCCUCGCCGUCCAGAUGGACACGGGGAACGUCAUCACGAACCCGGCGCGCUUGAUCACUACUUCCUGGGCCACCGAGCAGUCGCGAAACCCGGAGACGGGGAAGUACGAGUGCAUGAUCUGCUACAAGGAGUUCUUGAACCUCGCCCGACUCAACACGCACCUGCAGAGCCCGGCCCACGAUGACAAGAUCUAUCGGUGCCCGGCGGGCUGGCAGGGUUGCGGUACUGAGUUCAGUACGCUCGGCGCCCUCUGCCAGCACGUGGAGAAGGGUAGCUGCGGGGUGCGCAAGUUCAAUAGCACCAUGCAGAAGUACGUCGGCUCGUUGGCAGACGGGAUGAAGAGGCUGGCUGUCUGAGGAUGCAAGGCGUCUCUUCGUGCGCAGGUUGGCGCACGUGAGGACGUCCUUGCGUUUUCGGAUGUCGUGAGGUGUUUCAAGCUCUUGUGGGUCGUGUCCAUUACUCUCCGUUCCUUGCUAUCGACCGCUCUGUGUGUAAGAUGUUGUAUUACAACGCUCCGCUGAUCGUCACUGAUUGACCAUAGACUUUUAGACUACCAGGCUCUAGCCACGCCAUCUUUCGAUGUCAUCAGAUGUC